AUGAAAUGGACAAUUCUGGUGACAGUUAAUGAUGGAUAUUUUUACUUCUUUCAAAACUGGCUUCAUUUCUACAGAAAGCUGCAUCUCCCCUAUAGGCUGAUAGCCAUAGCGGAAGACGAUAUUGUCUUCUUUAAACUACAACAACUUGGUGGGAACUUACUAACACUUGUAAGAAGCGGGCGGAAUUCUUUGAGUGAGGCUGUAAUCUAUGGAAGUAAAGCGUUUAGCGAGCUGGCAUCUGGACGCCCAACCUAUAUUCUUAAAUACCUUCAGAAUGGAGUAAAUAUUGUGAACGCAGAUUUAGAUGCUGUUUGGUUACAGAAUCCUUUUCCUUAUUUCAACGGAAGCUUUGACAUGUGGAUACAGUCUGACGGACCUAAGAAUUUGUGUACAGGACUGAUGGCUAUUAAAAGCAACAAUAAAACUAUAAGACUUAUGCAGAAUUGGCAAGUUUCAUUGAAUAAACAUCUUCAAAUUGACCAAACCGCAUUCAAUGAGGUG